AUGGAUUUAAAUCAUAGUACUAGUGCUCCGAUAAACGAUAAAGACUCCUGGAUGACAACUGAAACUUCAGUGACAGCGGAAAAAGAAGACACGAUUUUUACUCUUAUCGUGGUGGUUGUCGGUAUAAUAGUAGCGAUAAUAAUUCUAUUUUCUAUGGGCGUAUUUCUGGACUGCAGGCAUCAGAAGAAUACUACGAAGAAUAAUAAACCGUUGCGUAUGAAAGCGCCUUCGCUGACGCGCAAAAAGAAGAUAAAGGAUGACAAAAAAUCCUUGGCCUCGGACAUGUAUUCCAGUGGGAUGACAGAUUACGGAGCUGGCGCGAUCGACGCAGUGGUUUAA